CACACAACCCACGCCUCGACACGCAAACCUGCCCAACCACCCAGCCACCCCUUCCCCCGUCCAGCGCAAGCACUCCUCUGGUCGCGGAUUUGUGUCGAGUAAUAACUGCGAGGGAGCCGCCACUGUUUGGUGGUGGUGGCUGCGGCGGAAGACGGCGUUUGCUGGCUGGGUUUUCGCGUGGCCUGUUGCUGCUACUGCUGCUGCUGCUACUGCUGCUACUGCUGCUGCUGCCCUUACGCAAGGCAAUGCGCUCGGUAUCCCCGCGAGCGAGACGCAGUAUCAGAGGCAUGGGACAUCACAGCGCUUGGCAGUCCACCUGCUAACACCAUCAUCAUCAUCAUCAUCGCCGCCGCAGCUGCCGUCACCCGGUUCCUCCGGCCCGAGAUCAACUCGGCGCAACAGCGGGCGAGGCGUCGCCACUUCUUGGCGAUUUUUGUCACGAUCAACUUUUUUUCGCGUCGACUUGAAAUUCAAUUCCCGUGCUCGCAGCUGAAAGCGCGAGGCACCCGGCCACCCUGCACGCUGCGCCCGGCGCGUGCAACGCAAGUUUGCGUCUCAUCCUCCAGCCGAGCCCCUAAACCACGGCGACCAACAUCCAUUGUGGGUGACCCGCUCACGAACGGGGCGUUCAAGACGGCAAGCAAACAAGAUCCGAGGGAUAAUCCGAGAGCGAAUUGACAGAUCGUCGCUCGCCGCCGUCAUCCGAGUCGCUCGGAGUUGCGUUUGUGUCCCCCCUUGUUCCCGCGGGAGAAGAUGGUGGGCAGGCGCGCGAGGUGUUGGUGAUGCCCCCUUGCAGACCAUGGUGACAGGGUCCCACGGCUCACACAGCCUCGAGAAUAAUAAUAAUAAUACCAUUACAUCGACGACGACAUGCCUCCCACUUCUCCGUGGACCAUGCUGCCCCGGCAGCUGCCCUCCACUUCCUCGACGCCGCCGCCUCUGCCGCGGCUGCUGCUGCUGCCCCUCGCCGUGCUGUGUCUGGCUCUGGGGGCAGCCGAGUGCGAGCUGUACGGGGCAGUGUCGAUCCACAAAAUCAUCGUCGGGGGCAAGCACCGCGGGCCGCUCACCGCAGCGCAUUCGCCCUCCUCCCUGCGCUCUCGGGGGCUGAGCUACGUGUUUGGCGCCGGCGGGGGCAUGGUGACGUACUCGUGGCCGAGUAACGGGAGGCCGAGCACACGCGCCGAUCGGCUCACGCUGGGGUUCAGCACCCUGGCACCCAGCGCCGCCAUCCUGCGCGUUGACAGCCAGGACGGCCUGGGCGACUUCCUGGAGCUGUACAUCGAGGACGGGCGGAUCGCGGUGAUCUUCAACGUGGGCACGGGUGACGUGGUGCUGCGGGAGGAACGCGCGCCAGUCAACGACGGGCGCUACCACUUGGUGAAGUUCAUGCGCAGUGGCGCCAACGCCACCCUGCAGCUCGACCACUACCCGCCCAACGAGCACUAUCCGUCGCUGCGACAGCUGACCAUUUUCAACAGCCAAGCGUGGAUCCGUAUCGGAGGACGUGACCGACCCCAUCCGUUCCAGGGCCUCCUCUCUGGCCUUUACUACAAUGGCCUGAAGGUGCUGAACUUGGCGGCCGCGAGCGACGCGCACACGCGGACCGAGGGCGCCCUGCGGGUGGUCCGCGGGAUGUCGCCCCACCUGGCGACGCUGAUCGCCACGGCGACCGCCACGGCGACCGCCGAGCCCACCGGGCCCGCCGCCGGCGCCGGCGGCCCACGCACCUCCACCGCGACGCUCGUGGAGACCACCACCACGAUAACCGUGACCACGACGACGGAGCACGGGAGGAAGGCCGCCGCCACGGAGGAGGUGGAUGAGGAGGAUGAGGAGGAGGCAGAGGAGGAGGAUGAGGAGGGAGAAGCAGGAUUGGCACCGUCUGGACCCCACGUCCCAGUGAGACCGCCGCCAGCUCAGAAGGACACCCUCAUGGUGAUUACAGACGACGUGGUGGUCUCUUCAGCCGAGUGCCCCUCUGACGACGAGGACCUUGAAGAGUGUCAGCCCAGCUCAGGCAAGACGAUGUCCCUGGCCACCUACGAGGGGAGCUACAGGACCCACGUUCCUCGAUGGGACGGCGGCGGCGGUCGACGAGGAGGCGGCGAUGCGGGAGGAGGAGGUCGGAGCGGCGGUGACGGAGAUCCCCAGCGGCCGCCGUCGACGGGCGCCCCCCCCGGCCCCACGGCGGGCCACGUCGCGCCCACGCUGACGCCCGUGGCGCAGCGGCCACACGUGGGCAACAUGAACACGCACGAGGUGAAGCCGCACGAGGCCAAGCCCCCGCAGCAGCAGCAGCCGCCACACGGCGCGGCGGAAGACGGGGAAGAGGGCCGCGGCUACGGCGAGCUGAACGCCACCUUCCCCACGGUGCGACGUGCGGGCGUCGAGGCCGAGGACCCCAUGGGAAUUCCGGGCGUCGCCGAGGCCGUGCCAGAGUCGGGCAGCACCACGGGGAUGGUGGCCGGCAUCGUGGCCGCCGCCGCCCUGUGCAUCCUCAUCUUGCUCUACGCCAUGUACAAGUACCAGAGCCGCGACGGCACGCCCGGCGGCACGGCCGGCGGCGGCGGCGGCGGCGGCGGCGGCGGGGGGACUCGCGACGGCGCGGCAACGGCCGCCGGCGGCUCCCCGGCUAAGGGAGACAAGGCGUCGCCCGCAAACACUGGAGCCAGCAGCCCGUGCAGGAAGGACAAGGAGUAUUUUGUCUAAAGAUGGAAGCCCGCCUUCCCGUCACUCCUCCUCCUACCUUCUUCUUCUCCCUCCUCCACUACCCAC